AUGAAGAUAGGUGUCAGCAUUCCCCGUUUGCCGGACGCCGAGGGUAUCCGCGAGUUCUGCGAACGCGCUGAACGGCUGGGUUUCGAGUCGGUGAUGGCUGGCGAUCACAUUGUCCUUCCCGUGGACGGUACCAACCAGUAUCCGUACACGCCCACCGGCGCCUUUCAGCGCCCGUCUGACGAACCGUUCCUCGAGACCAUGACCAUGCUCGGGACCCCCGACUUCGUAGCCGAAAAUCUUCCCUACCUCCGCGAGCAGACGGAACUGGCCGGCCGCGACCCGGCUGACAUAACAAUCUCGCUCAAGCGCAGCCUGCACUUCACCGACAUGGGCGGCGCCGACGAGGGUGUGGGUGUCCGUUCCGGCGGCGCUCUCAUCAACACCACCCAGGCCGUUAUCGACGAUGUCCAUUACUGCAACGAGUUGGGAAUCGAUCAGCUGACCUUCGACUUCCGCGUCGACGGCAUCGGCCCGUGCAUUCAGGUGAUGGAACACCUGGCAGAGCAUAUCCUUCCCGUUGCCGAACGGUUCGGUUAG